AUGGCCAAUGUCAAGCAGGUGGCAGCGAUAGGAGAGGUUCUGGUGGACCCAAAAAUGAACCUGACCCGACGAUUCAGAGCCUUAUUCACCCUGAAGAACCUGGGAGGUGCCGAAGCUAUCGAAUGGAUCAGUAAGGCCUUCACGGAUGAGUCUGCCCUGCUGAAGCAUGAGCUGGCCUACUGCUUGGGACAGAUGCAGGACAGACAGGCCAUCCCCAGUUUGACUGCUGUUCUCAAAGACACACAGCAGGAACCGAUGGUUAGGCAUGAAGCAGGGGAGGCUCUGGGAGCAAUUGGUGAUCCUGUGGUUCUGGACCUACUGAAAGAGUACAGUCAGGAUCCUGUCAUUGAGGUUGCAGAAACGUGUCAGUUGGCUGUUCGUCGGCUGGAGUGGCUUCAGGGUGGAGAUAGGAAACAGCUGGAAGAUGGAAGUACAGAUAAGAAUCCCUACUCUUCUGUAGACCCGGCCCCUCCAGCAGUAAGCAAGAGUGUGUCAGAGCUGCGCUCCAUCCUGCUGGAUGAGAGUCUGCCACUCUUUGAGCGAUACCGUGCUAUGUUUGCUCUGCGUAACCUGGGCGAUGAGGAGGCCGUCCUGGCAUUGGGAGAUGGGCUGCAGUGCUCCAGCGCUCUGUUCCGUCAUGAGAUCGGGUAUGUCCUGGGUCAGAUGCAGCACCCGGCAGCGAUCCCAGCUCUGUGCACCGCUCUGGAGCGUUCUGGUGAGAAUCCCAUGGUCCGGCAUGAGGCGGCAGAGGCUCUUGGGUCCAUCGGCAAAGAGGACUGUUUGGCUGUGCUGCAACGUUAUCGUGGAGACGGAGAACGUGUUGUCAAGGAAAGUUGUGAGGUCGCGCUGGAUAUGCUGGAGUAUGAAAACAGUGACCAGUUCCAGUAUGCAGAUGAACUGGUCAGAUUACAGGGUUAAAGGUCAAUGUCACAGCUGAGGGGGUUUGUCACACAAAUCUCUUUUACUCUCUACCAUUGCCUUAUACAGUAGAGACACCGCUACUUUGCACAUAAAAUCUAAAUAAAAGUGUAAAAGCUCCAACAAACCAGACAAGAGUUGGUGAGCUCCAAGAGUGACCUCUUAGGUGUGUGGGUGUUGCUGUUUAGGGGGGGCAAGGAAGAGCAGAGUCCUUUGUGUUCUUUCCACCUCCAAUAUACCACUGCAUCCAGAUGCAGCAAACUUUCUGCAAGUGUUUUUUCCUAUAGUUUUUUCCCCCCAACACACAGCCUAUGACAGUAGACAGUAAUACAUGCCAUAUAUGCACUGUACAUUAGCUAACUUCACAACUCAACUAGAGCUGUUUUCUACUGUUUUCCUCCAGAUAAUAGACUUCUUUUCUUUCUGCUAUCAUUUGUAGUUUUGUAGAAACUACAAAACUGCUGAAGGUUGAAGGGCUGACAGACUGAUGUGAUGAUUUAAACUAAUGGUUUGAGAGCUGUAUGCGAUCAUACCUUCAUGUAGAAUGGAGAUGAAACAGUACUCUAUACACUGGGUCUUAUUUUAAACAUUGGUUCUGAUCCAGGCUGUAUAAUAGUGUGAUCAGGCCUGAUGCCAGUUCAUUCUGCUUUAACUAAUUAAGACAAGUCAAAGAUCUAUCUGCCCCUCUGUUGUGGAUUUACAGUACUGUUGGAAAGUACACACUCACUAUUGUACAAGAAGUGUUGGACCUCAGUCUCUCACGCUCCUCUUGUUGCUUUGUGACUUGUGGAACACAGGUUGUAAUUUUAAUUUAUAUCUUUUAUCCUCUACCGUCAGGUGUGUGCUGUAUGUAAAUUAAAAUUAUGCUAUAAAU